AUGGAUCCCUUCGCUCGUCUCCCCGACGAUGUGCUGAUCGCGGUCCUCUCGCGCGUGGGCAACUCGGCGCGUGACGUCACCCGGGCCGCGAUGACGUGUCGGCGGUGGAAUGAAGUGACGCGGAACGCGCCUGCGCUGUCCCUGGGAUCGAGCGGCGGCGGCGCUGCUGCUAACCAAGCGACGUACUUAACGUUUGAGGCCUCGCGGAUGAUCUUCCGCACUCGCGCCCUGCGCCACCUCACCGUCAUCUCGCCUCCCGCACCGCCUGCUAACGUUGGAGGGCCGUGCUGCCCCCGGGGUAGCCAGACGCCAUCAAGCGAAUGUCACAAAAACUCCAGCGAACAUCCCAGUCCCACUGGCAGCGCACGUCCCAGUACUGACUGCGCCGCCGGCGCUUCUGCGCUGCCCCGCCAUCCGCGGGAGUUUAUCUUCAAGGCGUGGAUGCGCCACGCCGGUCCUUCUCUGCACUCUCUCACUCUCUCCCGCGCAGUUCCCGACGUUAGUUCCCUGAAGCGCCCUCGAGGCGGUUGCGCCAGCGGCACCAGCGGUGGCAACGGCGGAGGCGGCGACGGCGACGGGAGCGUGGUGGUGAACCUGUGGGAGGAGGAAGACGCGAGUUUGCAUCUCGCGCACAUCUCCCGCCACUGCACCAACCUGCGCUCGCUCUCAUUGGGCCACGUGUCCCUCUCCGCGCCGACCCUGCUCGCCGCUCUCCAGCCCAUGCCGGCCCUGCAGCACCUCUCGCUCUCGUGGCUUCAUGCGUCUCCUGCCGCGCUUCACGCCGUGCUGGAAGCCACGCCGAAUCUUCGCCAGCUCACAAUUUUCAUGGCGUCGGGCUUCCCUCACCUAGAACUACGCCUUCCCCCGUCCCUUCAGCACCUCUCGCUCUCCUACAUUCGUGCGGACUCCGUAACGCUUCUCUCCGCGUGCUCCCUCCAGUCCCUCUCUCACCGCGACAUGUUUCUCGGCACGCUAUCCAUCCGUGACGCGCCAAACCUUCGCCAACUCGUCGUCGCCUCCGCCAACAGCCUGCUCGUCUCCGCGAAUCACUCUAGCCGGCUCGAAUCAAUCGACCUCCGCGCAGGCUCGCUCAAUUGGGCAGCCACCGAAACCCUAAUUUCAGCCAAUUCGGCUGCGCUCGAGUCGCUCUCCCUCGAUUUUUUUGCCACCAGCAGCUCGGGCCUGCCCUCGGUUUCGUCGCUGCCCUGGCUCGCUCGGAACUGCCCGGGGUUGAGAAGUUUGCGGUUGGGUGCUCUGGCGUGGCAGAAUGCCGGGGAGGCCGUUCUCCUACUCGCGCUGCCGCACGUGCGCCUUUUUAACGACCUCGUCGCCUUACAGCGCGUAUCGCGCUCCCUCUACCGCACCGUUCGCGACUCGCCCUGUUUCUGGCUGCGGUUCCACCAUCUCCACGUGGAGCCCUUCCCAACCAGCCACCGCCACGUGUCCGCUGUCCUCAGCGAAACAGCGGCUGCAAGAACCACUGAAGGAAUUCGACCAAUUGGAACGCGCAAUGUUGAUUCCCAGCAAUUCGCAGCGCUGCCUCGUUAUAAGCUGGUGGAAGCGGCUCUUAAGGUGUACGCGCGGCGGUCCCAGGGGCAGCUGAGGGAGGUGGUGCUGGACGGGGAGGACGUGCGCGGGGAUGUGAUUAUAACGGUGCUGGCAGGCUGCAAGCAGCUCGAGAAGCUUUCUGUGAGGAUGUGCACGCACGUAAGCUCGUCCCACAUAGUCACACUCCUACAGUCACAGUGGGGCACGCUGGAAGCAUCAACAGCAUCAGCAUCAUCAUCAGAAGCAUCGCCAUUACCAUCACAGCCAGCAGCACCAUCUGUAUCACCACCACCACCAGCACCACCAGCAUCACCACUGGUAGCAACACUGGCGGCAUCAUCAUCCCUGCUCGCAGAUUCCCCCUUGGAGUCACCUCCACCCAUUCCACCCUCUUCCCUUGAAUCUACACAGCCUGCUUACCUUGAAUCCGCUCAACCAGCUGCCCUUGAAUCUCUUCAACCUCCAGCCCCUGAUGCACCUCAAUCUGCUACGCCUGAACCGCCUCAAGUCCCCACAGCUGCAGCACUGGCCUGUACUCCCCGGCUGUGGCAAGUGCGCAUGGCAGGGGCCGACUGCCCCUCUACAGACUUCCUCUUUAUCCGCGACAUGCUCAAGCAUGCAGCUGCAAGCCUCCCUGCACCCAGACGUCCGGUCCCCGAACCUAGUUCCGCAGCUGCAGGCAGCUUCGGCAGCACCACCCCCAUCAGCAUCGGCAGCAGCACCCCCAUUAGCACCUGUUCACAGAUUCUCACGGAUCCCGUGCUUUAUAAGGCUGGCAUGGUUAAAGAAACAAGUAAUAUUGGUAAUUCUAGAUGUGACUAUACUGAAGGGCUAUCUUUUGCUCCUUUGGAUGGAGCAUCUGUGAGGGGCUCAGCAUCAGAGGGGCUGGUUCGAGCAGGGGAAGCGAGAAGCUCGGACUCGUUUCCGGGCAGGAGGCUGCAGAUUGUUUCGGCCUGCCCGUCCGCUCUGGACAUUGAUUUCUGCCCGCGCUGUGCCAACAUCCGGGCAGUUUUGGACUGCCCGACUAGCGUGCAGUGGCGGCAGCAUCUGGAGCGAGUGGCUGAGGAUUCAACCUCCAUCAAAGUGCAGGCAACCGUGCGGUCUCUCCUUAAGCAGCAGGCCUGUCGUGGCUGCCUGCGCUGCAUCCCUCGCUGCAUCUUCUGCGGCUCCUGCACCAAGCACACAUGCAUGCCGCUUGGCCAAAUCCAAGCAGCACAGCACCUUGCAGCACAGCAGGGGUCCCUUGGAGGGUCAGAUCCGGGCGGCCAGAUUUUGGAAUCUAGUGAUGGAGCAGUGCACAUCGCGCAUGUUGACGUGUGUGGGGUGCAACUGGCGGUGCUGCCCGUGGCACAUUGA